GGUGAUUAAACAGCAGGGACACUAUUGCACCAGAGUGUGGGCGUGGGAGAGCUCGCUCUGCCCGCCGGAGCUGCUAGAAUAACCGGCGGCGUGUCAGUAUCAGAGUGGGUGUGGGUAUUUUGCACACGCUUGUUUUUGUUUAUCCCUGUCCUCUCGGCCCCGUCACGUGCUCUGUGUGUUGCAUUGUGUUUUCCGUGGGAGGGGGGGAGCUGCCUGUGUCCGUGAUCAAUGUUGUGACUUCCUCCUUGCGCUGUAGCAGCAUUGGAAACACAGCUGAAGGAAGCCGAUUGCUGCUAGUUUCAAAUUGGCUGGGAAGGAACAAUACACACAAACACACACACUGGAUUCCGUGUCUCUUCUCUUUGAGAGGGGGGGAAGAUGAGCUCGGGGGACGUUGUUUGCACUGGAUGGCUCAUUAAAUCACCCCCCGAGAAGAAACUGAAGAGAUAUGCAUGGCGGAAGCGCUGGUUUGUGCUCCGCAGGGGCCGCAUGAGUGGGAACCCAGACGUUCUGGAGUACUACAGAAACAACCAUUCAAAGAAACCCAUUCGGAUCAUAGACCUUAGCGAAUGUGAAGUGCUGAAGCAUUCAGGGUCCAACUUCAUCAAAAAAGAAUUCCAGAAUAACUUUGUCUUCAUUGUGAAAACCACCUACCGCUCCUUUUACUUGGUGGCGAAAACGGAGGAGGAAAUGCAGAUAUGGGUGCACAACAUCAGCCAGAUCUGCAACUUCGGACACUUGGAAGAUGGCACAGAUUCUGUGGAGAGCCUGUCUCACACCACCUCGUCCCUCCAGCCCUCGCCAGCAGUCUCCACCCAUACCUCACGGAUCACAGACCCCUCCUCCUCUGUAGGCAGUGCCACCACAGACGCCUCUGCUUCCGAAGAGACCAGGAGUGAGUCGGAGUCAGUCUUCCUCCCCGAUUACCUCUUCCUAUCAAACUGCGAGACGGGCAAGUUCAAUCAUAUCAGAUGUGACAGCUGGUCGAAUUCUGACAGAUCCCUGGAGCAGACCUCAUCAGAUGAUGUUUUUGUUGAUGCCUUGCAGUCUCAACCCUCCCUUCACGUACAGUCAUCCGGCAACGGCAUCGUGCACCAGGAUGGGGGCCAGCCAGCGAAUCAUGGGAUUAUACCCAGAAGCAUAGACGUUAGCGGGCCAUUCAGUGAUGUCUCCUCCUCCUCUCCACUCUUAGGGCCUCCUUUAACACCAACCUUUCAGAUUGAUAAAAGCCAAACCGCAUUGCCCUAUGGCGUAACCGAACUGGAUAUUUUGUCUAACACGCCACCACCCCGGCCACCCAAACCAACCCAUUUCUCAGACUGGAGCGGGGAGGAGCUAUCCAACGGGGCUCUUCAGAAUGGACAUGGUGGGAUCUGCGGGACUCAGAUUGCCUUGGUGCCGAGAAGAAUCUCCUUGUCCAGUUUGGAUAACGUGCGGCACUGGAAAGCCAACAUGGAAGGAAGCUCUCUCAGAAGUCGAGAUAAGAGGCUUAGUUUGAAUUUGCCGUGUCGAUUCACCCCGCUCUACUCUUCAGCAUCGGACAAUACGGAGGACAGCUAUGUACCCAUGCACCCCAGCACCUCUCCACCCAUCCCAGGACCAGAUUGCUCACCCGAUGGCUACACUCCCAUGAGCCCAAGCUCAGCGACCUUUACCUUUCCUGUAGUCACCAAUGACAAACUCUCCAGCCCACUGCCGGAACUUCCCACAGACCUGGAACCACCUCCAGUGAAUCGAGAUCUCAAGCCCCGUAGGAAAUCACGACCCCCUCCGCUGGAUCUGAGAAACCUCUCCACAAUCCGGGAACACGCUACCUUGACCAGGAUGUGGACUGUGCCUUACAAUCGAACAAGCUUUAUCUCUCCAGAUAGAGACGGUAUUAAUUCAGCAAGAAUAUUUGCCAAUUCAGUUUCCGGAGAAGAGGAAGAAAGUUACAUUCAAAUGGAGCACAGCCAGGCAACAUCUCCGUGCAGUGGUGCUUUCCCAUGGUCAAGGAAGUCCAACCUUGAUUACUUAGCAUUGGAUUUUAAUUCCGCUUCCCCAUCCCCUGUACAGAAGAAACCUUUUCUCUCGGAAGAGCAGAGAGUAGACUAUGUCCAGGUUGAUGAACAGAAGACUCAAGCCCUACAGAACACUAAACAGGAAUGGACAGAUGUGAGGCAAUCUAAAGUUUAAAGGAGGAAGGUUUGGGGUUUGGUUUUUUGCACUGGAACAACAUUGUUAACCAAACAGCUGUAACAGCAGAGUUCAAAGGCAGACAGAGUGUAAGAUCCUGGUGGUCUCUAGAGGAAUGACAUUUUUAAGGAAAAACCUUCAAGUUCAGCUGGAAAUACUGUGUUGACUGAGUGGUUUAUAGGAUUAUUAAAGUAACACGUUAAUCUUCUUUGCCACCCCUUGCAAGCAAGUUACAUGGUACAGUUUUAUGGCCUGAUUGCGGGAGCCACACAUUUAAUGGUAACAAAUGCCACUACAUGUUGCAUUUAUCUAUUUAACCCCGCCUUUGCCCUGUAUUAGGUAACUCCUUGUUGCUAAGGCUGUUUUUUGAUAUUCUACAAAUACUGCCGGUGCUAAGGCUGCUUAUAGUUUCUGGUAUCAGACAGGUGUUGGUGACUAUUCGACCAAGGGCUAAAAUACUGAAAUAAUAAAAAG